GCCCGGAGGGGGCGGGGCCUCCAGGACCUGGCCUCUAGCGCGCACUCUCGGAAGCGCACCCGAACCCGCCCUCCGAAUCCCGAGAGGCGUUGCUGCCACCGCCGCCACACGGCCGCCACACCGCCGCUGCCACAGUCAUGCCGAAGCACGAGUUCUCCGUGGACAUGACCUGUGGAGGCUGUGCUGAAGCUGUCUCUCGGGUCCUCAAUAAGCUUGGAGGAGUUAAGUAUGACAUUGACCUGCCCAACAAGAAGGUCUGCAUUGAAUCUGAGCACAGCAUGGACACUCUGCUUGCAACCCUGAAGAAAACAGGAAAGACUGUUUCCUACCUUGGCCUCAAGUAGCAGGGGCCUGGUCCCCACAGCCCACAGGAUGGACCAAAGGGGGCAGGAUGCUGAUCCUCCCCUUGGCUUCCAGACAGACCUGGGACUUGGCAGUCGUGCUGGGCGAUGGUGUUCCUGUGGAGACCCUCAGUUGUCCUAUUCCUUCCUAGCUUCCCUGCAAUAAAAUCAAGCUGCUUUUGUUGGA